AUGCAUGGCUCGACGACAGCGUUCAUGAUGUUUUUCUCCGUGCUAUUAACCCUGGCAUCAGUCAUAGCGGCACAUAAUGAGGUCGUUACCGAUGACGCAUGCCUACAGAUAGCCCGUUCAUAUGAAAUUUGGACCAAGAGUGGCGGCCAUGGAGACUUCUCCAACAUCCCAGGACAAACGGCAUAUGACUGUCUGAUGUCCAUGCCCUUUGACUCUGAGCGCGCAGUCAAGUUUUUGGAUGAGUACCUGAAAUAUCUCCAGUUCCAGUCGACUCUAGAUAGUCUCAAACAUCCGCCAUCCGGCUACAAGACACCCUCCAUAGAUCUUCUCAAAGGUUUCGACAAGAUUCGACAAAAAGCUGAGAAAAGUAUCUACAAAAGUCAAUACGAAUUCGACAACGACAUCAAGUCCCUCAUCCACCGAGCAAACGAAGGCCAUUUAGAAAUCAAUCUCUGCUCCCAGCAAAUCUUCCACUUCCAACGCAGCCCGCCUCUGGUAUCCAUCUCAUCAGACGGCCUCGAGUUACCCAAAAUCUACACAUGGAACGACGCCAAGUUGUUGUAUUCCGGAGUUCCAAACACACAAGUAUCCCACCUAGUCGCAAUCAACUCCAUCGACGCCGCUUACUUCCUCCAAGCCCACCUCGCCCUCACCUUCCAAUAUCACGACCCCGACGCCCGCUACAACCACCUCUUUCCCUCCCCGACCAACCAAUACACCGGUCUUUUUACCGGAGGCGGCUGGCAAAGCUACCAAGGUCUCUGGCCAGGAUCCGCCCACUACCUCCUCAAAUUCCACAACGGCACCACAAUCCAAAUAAACACAACCGUCACCUGGCCCGCCACCAACGGACCCAUGAACUACACCGACGGACAAACGCUAUUCCAAGCCGCUUGUCUACCAGACUACGCUCCCUCUCUUUCAAGCUUCUCCCACUCACCCAUUGCACCACCCUCUCCACAUUUUAACGAUAAUAACAACAACCCCCUACCAAGCACAGAGGGAAUCUACCCCACCCCUAUCAUCCGCACCCACCAGAACUCGUUAAGAGGGUACUACCUCAACGACGACACCGCAAUCUUACAAAUCCCUACAUUCCAACACACAGCCGGCAUCACCUUUUCGCAAACAGCACAAGACUUCCUCACCCUUGCCGCUAACCGGGACAACAAAACCAAGUUGAUUUUAGAUCUAAGCGGCAAUCCCGGAGGGGAUGUGAUUCCCGGCUUGAAUAUCUUCAGUAUCUUGUUUCCGGAUCUCAAAAUCCGUACGGCUACGCGGUUUCGGGCGACUGAGAUAGUGAACCUUGUGGGUAAGGUGUUUAGUGAGGUUUAUGAUACCACUAGGGGAAGAGUUACAAAUUUGAAAGAGGAGGAGGAGGAGGAGGAGGUGCCGAUUGAUCCACCUUUUAUGGCGAGCGUGGCUGUUAGACCGGAUCAGAAGACUAGGUUUGCGGGGUGGGAAGAGAUUUUUGGGCCGGACGAAGUAGAAGGAGGGGGAGGGAAUAUGUCGAGAUUACUUGCGCAUUUUGAUUUUGAGCUGGCUUCGACGGAGACGGAUCCGGUGUUUGGGUAUGGGCCUUUUAGGGAGAUGGGUAAAGGGGGAAGAAAGAGGCCGUUUAAAGCGGAGGAUAUCGUUGUUAUAACAAACGGCGAAUGCGCAUCCACCUGCGCCCUCCUCAUCUCCCUCCUCCGUCGCCAAGGCAAAGUCCGCACCCUCGUCUUUGGCGGCCGUCCCCGACAUGCACCCAUGCAAGCCGUGGGAGGCGUCAAAGGCGGACAGUAUUGGUCUCUCAAAACCAUUUACCGUCAUGUUUCGCGGGCUGUGGAGUUGGCUAUGGGUACCUCUACUUCUACUACUAUCCUCACUGAAGAGGAGUUGCAAAGACUGAAGGAGUUGGCGCCUGCUGAUCCUGAUCCCAGAGCUGCUGUGGGCACCGGUGGGUUCCCGCUGAGGAUGGGCUGGAAAGGAGAGGGAGGGGUGAAUUUUAGGGAUCUGUAUUACCUUGAUGACGACGGAGAUGAAGAGAACAGUGAGGUGGUAAAGGUGAAGGGGAAAAGUAUAGGGACGGUUCCGGCGCAGUUUAUUUACGAACCAGCCGAGUGUCGGCGGUUCUUUACGGUGGAAAUGAUGUUUAGGCCGGCCAGGAUGUGGGAGGUGGCGAGGGAGGUCAUGUUUGGGAGUGGUGAGUGUGUUAAAGGUUCGGAAACUAGCUCUAGGAGUGGAGGGGAGGGGAAGAGGCCAAGCCUCUUCUACUUCCGGCGUGGGGUGGCCCCGGUAAGGGGAGGGCUGCAUGAGGUGGUUCUGGUCGGUGAAUUCUACAUAUUACCGACUACUCAACUACCCAUCGUUGAUGGACAAUCGUAUGUAUCUAGCGCUGGCGGCGUGGUCGUUGCGCCAAAUUUCCCCUUUGACGUUGGCAGCAGCUCUCUGCAUGCAGAGAAUCUUGAGGAGGAGGAGGAGGAGGAGGAGGAGGAUGACUUGGUAAUCGCUCCAUCCGAACUUGGAUCAGAGUCCGAUGCCUUCAUCAAAGAAAAUAACCGAAGGUCAUCCUCUCCUACCUCCCCUCUAGAGACGGACCAUGGUCGAGAGGACGCCGAGGUUGGACAUCUUCCAAGCGAAGAUGACGAGGGGAUCGAUCCUCGACUCAGGAACUAUCCCAUUCCCCUCGUAGCCAAGACAGUCGACCUACACAACGAUGAAACCGAACCCCUCCUAACCAUCCGCUUCUGGAUCCUCUCCACCCUCUGGGUCAUCAUCGGCUGCUCCGUCUCCUCCGUCUACUACUUCAAGCCCUACUCCGUUCGUCUCUCCGGCUACGUCGUGCAACUACUCUCGUGGGGGAUGGGCGCACUCAUGGCGCGUUACUUCCCACAGAAGCAAUAUACUCUCACGUUACCUAUUCUUCAUAAAGAAAUUGCAUUCAACCUCAACCCCGGCCCCUGGAACCCCAAAGAACACGCCCUCGUCAUCGUCGCCUACUGGGGCAGCACCUACACCGCCUACGGCCUCGGCCCGCUCUCCGCCAUGGAGCUCUACUACGACAAGCGCAUGAGCGGGCCGUGGGCUGUUUUGUUUCUCAUGACCACGCAGCUGAUGGGGUACGGCUUUGCGGGCUUAUACCGGGACGUCUUGGUUCGGCCGCCGGGCAUGUACUACCCUGGCGUGCUCCCGAACGUGACGCUGUUCAACGCCAUGCAUCGACACCCGUCCGUGACCAAGAAGUCACUGGGGUUUUUCGGGGUGGUGGCGACGGUGGCGUUUGUGUACCAGUGGUUGCCGGGGUUCGUGAUGCCUUUGUUGGCUUCGCUGCCGGUGGUUUGUUGGAUGGGAUUGGGAAAGAAGGCGGCUUUUGUGUUGGGGAGCGGAACGUAUGGGUUUGGACUGCUGGACUUUUCGCUGGAUUGGAAUUAUGCUUCGUUUUUGACCCCGCUUUAUACGCCUUUGUGGGCGACGGUGAAUCGGUUUGUGGGAGCCGCCGUGGUGAUUUGGGUUGUGUAUCCCUUGGCCUAUUUCUUGAAUGUCAAUGGGGCUCAGCAGUUUGCGCCGAUGAGCUCGGGGACGUGGGAUGCCGAGGGGAAUCGGUACAAUAUCUCGCGCAUCUUGACGCCGACGUAUGAGCUGAACCGGACCGCGCUGGAGGAGUAUUCUCCGCCGUAUUGGUCGUUCAGUUACGCCAUGCACUUCUUUUGGGGGUUCGCUGCGUCGACGGCCGUGUUGACGUAUGCUGUCAUGUUUCAUGGGCGUCAAUCUUGGGAGACCCUUCGAAGCUCGCUGCAAACCAUCAGCAAUCCCUUUGCAAAGAAGAAGAAGAAUGUUCAACAACACCGGGCCGAGUUUGACGACCCCUACCUCAAGCUUACCGCCCACCUCCCCCGCGUGCCGCACUGGUGGUAUCUCGCCCUCCUCUUUUUCUGCUUGGUGAUUGCCAUUGCCCAGCUCUCGGGCGGGGACAUGCAGCUCCCCUGGUGGGGUCUCCUCCUCAUCACGGCCAUCUCCGCCCUCUUCACGUUCCCCAGUGGCAUUCUCUUUGGCUUUACCAACGUGCAAAUCGGCAUGGACUACCUCUCCGAGCUGCUGGCCGGGUUCCUGUUCCCCGGCAAGCCCAUCGCCGUGCUCACGUGCACUGUGUACGGCCGGCAGAUCCUCGAGCAGUGCCUCAACCUGGUCAGCGACAUCAAGUUCGGUUUCUACAUGAAGAUCCCCGAGCGCGAGCUGUUUGUGGCGCAGGUAUACGGGACGUUGUUGGGCCCGUUUGUCAACUGGGCUUGUAUGCGGCUGAUCAUCGACACGCAGGGGCCGAAGCUGACGGGCGAGGUGGUGUCGGGGACGACGUGGAACGCUUUGAAGACCAAGAACUUCUUUUCGCUCUCGGUGAUUUGGGGCGUGCUGGGUCCGCAGGUGUUCUUUGGGGGCGCGUCGCCGUAUCGGUGGGUGUACUGGGGAUUUGUCGUGGGACCGCUGGCGGUGAUGCUGCUGUGGCUUGUACAACACAGACUGGCGAGGCCCAAGUGGGGGAAGGUCGCGAGCGUGGUCAAUCCGGUGGUGAUGCUGAACGGGGCAACGCUGUUUCCCAUCUAUCCGACGACGAACCUGACGACAUCGGCGCUGGUGGCGGUGGUGUUUAUGGGAUACGUGUACAGAUACCACCCGGUGUGGUUCCGCAAGUACAAUUAUCUGCUCGGGGCUGGGUUGGACUGUGGCGCGCAACUGGUGCAGAUGGCCAUGAUCUUGGUGGUGGACUUGCCCAAUGUGACCAUGCCGCACUGGUGGGGGAAUGAUGCCGUCGCGGUCGACAAGUGUUAUCCUAUUUGACUGUGGAAUUGGUGGUUGUAGGAGGAAG